ACUGCAGCAGCAGCAGAAGCUAGUGGAACCUCGGCCGGAUUGAGCUAAAACUUUGCCCCAAGUUCCGGACCAUCCAGCUUUUGGCACUUGGAUUUUCUCAUCACGCCAGAUGUGAGUGAUUUAAACAGCAAGGAUGAAGAUGAUUAUAACUGUCUCAGAGAGCGCAUGCAGCGCUCACGCAAAAGGACUGCAGGUAAACUUUAAACUGAUUUUAACUAUAAAAAACUAACUAUAAAAGGAAUAAUAAUUAAAAUUGCAAAGCUAGUUUUUUUUCUGUGACAGAGCUAAAAAUGUUUUAGUGAAACUUGAACUAGCUGCGCUGUAAUGUCCAUACAAAACUGAAUGAAAAAGCCUGAUCAUAAUCACAAUAAGCUAAGUAAUAUAUGAAUUCCAUGUGCAUAACAUGCAAUGUUGGUAUUAAUAUCGCACAUCGUCCAACACUAUAACAUACAAAAUAUCCGCCUCCCACUGUGAUGUCAUUUGGCAUCGGUACCAGUUUUUAACGCCAGUGGAAAACCAAACACCUUGAAGUACCAUAGUUUUUGGUACCUUUUUGAAGUACCAAAAGUACGGUACCUGGUGCGGUGGAAUAGCACCCAUAAGUGAGUAAGGUAAUGUGAGAUUUUUUCUGUACCUUUGGAGUCCCUCCCCAUAUUGUCACCGCUCACCCUUACCUUGGCCCCUCCUAUAUCUGUCACAGCCCCUCCAUAGCUGGGCCCCUCACCAAACCUGCCCUUCCAAUUUCUGCCAGUGCCCCUCCCUAAUCUGACAUUGUCCCUCCCCAGCACUAUCCCUCCCAUUUCUAUCAAUGCCCCCCCCAAACCUACCCCUCUCCUUUCUAAUAGCGCCCAUCCCAAGAUCUGCCCCUACCCUUUCAGUCAGCGACCCUCCCCAGCUCUGUCCCACCCCAUCUCAUCUUCGCAUCCCUGCACUCUAGUUUCUUCCUUACGCCUUUUUGUCGAUCCGGAUCUCUACAGUCUGCUCACCCUUUCCCAUUAAUGUUGGUUCCCAUGGUGACAAGGUGGCUCGGGUCCCGGGGCCUAGACGCUAGGGGUUUGUCGGACCAACCUGGCCCAGCCUGGACAACCUCUCUGGCAGCAUAUUCCACAGUCUUCAUUCCUCUGAGCAGCAGCCUGUACAGCGACAAGGCGCUGAAGUUUUUCCUGUGGCUGAAACAAAUGAAGGAACUAGAGCUAGAGAAAGACUCUUUAUUGGCUGGCCUGGAUAUGCUGGAACAGGCCAAGAACUGGUACCAGGACCAAAUCUGCAACAUUAUUGGGAGGCAGAGGCAGAUGGGCAAGAGUUCCCAGUACAGGGAUACUUUCUUGAAGCCCAGUCAGAGUCAACUGAAUGUCCUGUUACCCAAAAUGCAAGAGGUCAACAGCCGCCUCAGUGACCUCAUGUCUUGUUACAGAAUGGCUUCUGUUCCACAUCCCACUUUCCAUCAUGAACCAACCUGCCAAUCAGAAGCACCUCCCCAUGUAGCCAACGUGUUCCGAAGGUCACCAGUGAAACCAGUAAGACAGAGGAUGACAGCCCUGGAGCGGGAGGUGUGAGCUCCUGUCCUUCAGCAGCACUCUGGACUCGUUUUUGGCUUGAGCCCUGUGGGCGACACCCCUGUGCCCACUCUCCAGGGCUCCUGGCCAGUUCUCCAAGGGCCACCCCAGACUCCAGUGCUAUGCUCCUCAACAGAGGAGACACUGACACCCAGUAGAGACCUCCUAACAUGCUCUCUGCUCGCUAUAUUCCCAUGUGUAGGUCUAGUGCUGUAGUUUGGGACAGCUGCACAGAUAUGUCAAGUGAUAAAAAGCUGCACUUAUGGUACUGUGUUUGCACUAACUGGCUCCUACGGUGACAGAUCCAAACCAGCUGCUUUGUAACACUGGAAAAACUGGGAGAGAGAAAUUGCUGGAAUGCAGUGAGAUGAGUCAUUACAGAAUCAUGUCCCUCUCCAGUAUCAGUGGGUGUUGAGAAUCUGCUUCACGUAUCUGUGGGCUUAUCAGAAGAGUGAGUCCAAAGGUCAGUAAAGCUUUGGAUUAAACCGAGAUGCAACCUUGUAUUUAUCAACAGAUCACCAAGGCUAUUGCUGUCAUCUGUGACUCGCGCCGCAGCAAAUGAAGCACAUGUAGGAAGGUGCCGUGGAAAUACUGUGUGACAGACCCGUGAGCAGACUCCAAAGCUCAUAAAUAAUCUCCCACAGCCUUCCCUGCCUUACAUUUAUGGGGGUUGCAUUUUCGAACAUUCAUCUGGCAGAAGGAGAGUCUUUCCACACAGCCCUGAAAGCCGCUUUUCAAUUUCUGCUCAAUUAUGUCCACUUUUCGUCAAUGCUCUUGUUCAGUGGAGUUUAACAAUCUCCUGGUUUUGCCAUGUUAUUUGGAGGUUUGAUUUAAAUCUUGAUUUUUUUUUGGUUUACAAAAAUCAAUAGAUUGUUAUUAUACAAACUAGGUGCAAAAAGAAGAAUCUAGUUGACAGGAAAGCAAAGGCAGAAAAAUACCUCAUACAACUAAUGU